AUGAACUCACCACCCAUUACCCCCACAUCACCACCGCCAUGGGCCACCCACUCACGCUCUUCCACGCGACGCUCCAGUCUAGCAAACGCUGCAAUCCUGCCAAAGCCCGCCUACCCUCAUGCGCGCACUGACAGUGUGGCUUUAUCGGAAUACAGCACCCUCUGCCCCAUCCAAACCACACUAACAACAAAACUCGAAAACACGACUAGCGCCUGGGACGACUGGGACAGCGAUAACGACGAUGUAGAUAGAGCAGGUCUCGCGAGCUGGAUGGGCCGGCGCAAAACCAAGGGUCGAGGUAGUGGGCCCAGGGAGGGCAAAGGCAGCAUGGACAGCACUGAAAGCGACAACGACGCCACGAGGCCCAGUCUUUGUCUGAGAGAGACACCCAAGAAGGCCAAAAAGAGCAUGAACAUCAGCAAGGAAGACCAAGGUCUGGAGCGCGCUAGGAUUGAGGCGGCGGAGAACGCGAGGACCAGACGGCGAGACGCGGAACAGAAGCUUGCGAAGAAGAAACCGAGUGGGUUUAUCAGGGCGAUUACUUGUGGGAAGAGCGAUACCGAUGGGUAA